AUGAGGACACUGCUGCUUCUCCUGGCUCUCCUCUCCCGGGUGGCCCCAGGAAGUUCUCUGGAGAUCAACAGGAUCUGUGGCUAUGGGACGGCCGUCUGCCGGGUCCUGUGCAAGGAGCAGGAGUCCCAGAUCGGAAAGUGUCCCAACACUAACAUGUGCUGCUUGCGAAAAUGGAAUUCCACCAUCUGGAACGUGGUGAAAUACUGA